CACACGCACACACGCACACACGCACACACGCACACGCAAGCACACUGCACUUAUCACUUCACCACUCGUGGAUUCAUAAAUUAGAAGGGAAAAAUCAAUCGUGCCGUAUGCCUCGUCAGCAUUUGAUAUAAAAUGUUCUGUCGUCAGACGUAGCGAUGAUGAGGUAGUAUAUCGUAAACAUCGCGACAAGAUGGUCCGUCAUAACAUGUUACUUUUUUCAAAAAGGAAUUUAUCGGCUAUCGAACAGAUUUAUUUGCACUUCCAACAUGUAGUUUAACAAUAUGUAAUUUAAAACUAGCGUUCGUUGCUUUUCAUCAAAGCGCAUAAUUAAAAAUAAGGAAAUUUGAUAGAUAAAUGUUCUUCUAAAGCAGUGAAUGACGCAGAUCAGUCUUAUGAUUGUGAAGGAAGAAAAAGGUUUUGCAGAAAAUAAAAAUUCCAAGUCUGCUAUGUCUGGUCGAUACGGAUCCUUUGCAUUUCUUACACAAUGAUUGAUUGAUAAACGUCGAUCUUAUGGCGUAUGAUGAAUUUUGUUGGGCUCAUGGCUAGGACAAAUCGAUGUCAUUGAUGCUACGGGAGUUACAAUUGGACAUGUAGGGCGUUUAAACCUGGUAUCAUUAAAAAAAGUACUACACUACGUACAAGAUGCCAUCCCAGUACGCUUGAAAGCGAUCCAUAAGCGAUAACAUCGAUACAUCGCCAGUUUUCGAAAUAAUAUACAACAUGGUCAUACCUUUCUUGGAUAAAGAAUUGAUAAAUUUGAUACAUUUUCACGCAUCAUUGGAAAGCGUGAGUGAACACUUUCCGAUAGAAGUAUUGCCCAAUGAGCUUGGUGGGAAAGGAGGUGCGUUGCAGGAGUUGAUGGACGCGCAGUUCAAAAGGAUCGAAAACUUUCGCGAGUGGUUCCUAGAGGACGAAAAAAAUAAUCGGGUGAACGAGUCACUGCGGACCAGCGAAAGCAAGACAUCUGACGAUCUGUUCGGGGUGGACGAUAAUUUCAAGAAAAUAGAAAUCGAUUGAAUCGACCUUACAAUACGCAAGUACCUUAUAGUAUCAAAACAAUGACAAAUUCAAAGAAAGGAGUUUUUGGAAAUGUCUCUUUUGAUCAUCAAUUUCUUUAACCACUUGCGCUGGAAAGACGUGCCACGCACGUCGUAAUGCUUUUGUCACAGAAUCGCCAACGACGUGGUAUGUACGUCGUCAUGCGAUUGUCACAGAAACAAAAACGACGUGCGUGGCACGUCGGGUGGGAUUGUUUGCCAGACACAAAUGCCAAAAAGAAUCCACAGCGAAGGUGUAGAGUGUGUACCAAACACAAAAAACGAAGUGAAACUAUAUGGGAAUGUAAGAAAUGCCUUGUACCAUUACAUGUUCCAGACUGUUUCGAGAGAUACCACACUUUGCAUGAUUAUUAAUAAAUAAAUUAAAUAUUUAUAUUUGUAUAAUUUUAUAAUCAAUCGACGCUCUAUAUUCCCUUCAAAAAGCUAUUAAAAGUCCUAGGUCGAAAAUAAAUUAGUUUAGAAAAUAUAAAUCUUUUUCCGAUUUCUGUAAGGCAUCGAACACUGUGUGACGCCUCUCAACGAGUUACACUGGACCGUUCUGAUACAGGCGUCAGUGAAUUUUUUGCCAGCGCAAGUGGUUAAAAAAGUAAUCUAUCUCAUAAGGUAUCAUAAGAACAUUAAGACGUUGAGUAGCAAUCACCGCAGCUCGAUACAUUCGUGUCUUAGUAAGAUACCUAUAGAAUAUAAUUAAUUAUAUUCUGUGAGUCUAAAAAAACUGAUCAUAAACUGUCCGCAGAAACAGGGCAUGAAACGAGAAGAAGAAUGUAUACAUUUCGAAUUAUCUAUUUACGAAUUAUCGAAUUAUAAUAUCUAUUAUACCAUACUAUAAGUUGACUUUUCCUUUCUAUAAUGAAAGUCGCCGCAGCGACAUCUACAUAAUAAAUGUAUUAUAUAAUGAGCAAAGUAUUAAAGAUGGCGAACAAUAAAAUAGGUAUUUUAACAAUUAUUGCAAUAAUUAUUGUUACAAAAUUAUAUUCAUGCGAAAUAUAUGCAUAUUUCUGCCGUGAUUUCAAUUGAAA